UCGGACAUGGCAGCUGCCAGUGGGAAGCUCCUCACAUCCAAACACAGUUUAGUUAUUUAGUCAAAUAAGCCGUGAGCUAACCGAGAGGACAGAUGUGCUGUCUCACUGACAGGGACAUGAAGGAGUAAGACAGGCGGCAGCGGGGACACUUGAGAUCUGGUCUGGAUGGAACCGACGGGUCUACGAGACGUUUUCAAAUGUAUAACACUAUCCAUCGCAGCAAUGGAGGAUAUCGGUCUCCAUCCCAAACCCACCAAUGACCCCCCUGUUAACAGACCCACAGUCUCUGAGACUUUUGGGCUGCACCACAUCCCACCAGACUAUCUGCACGUCACUGAUGCAAGCAGGAAAUCUGACAUGCAAAAAGAUGCACCAUCCAAAAAGAGGUCCCACUCUGUAAUGAUAGCAGAGCCACAGAUGAUUCCCCAGUUUCCUCUACAGAGUGUGGGUCCUCUGAGUGUCGACACCACGCUCUUUAAUACAGCUGCCAAAUAUGGAAACACCAAUUUGGAUAAGGCUGGGGCCGUCAGGAAAAAAGCCAAAGUCGGAGAUCCAUCAAAGUGGAAGCAAAACAAGCAGAAACAGCUGAGGAUGGAGGGCAAAGCGUAUGUGAGCAAACGCAAAAAAGACGGCGAGGUUGUGACAAAACAGCCGAGGGAAAUGGGGCCGAGGUGCACCUCGAACGCAUGCAAAAAGGCUUCAAACCGGCUUUGUAGUGAAAUCAACGAGGAGGCCAGGAGGAAGGUGUUUGAUGAAUUCUGGCAGCACAUGAACUGGGCUCAGAGAAAACUGUAUGUAGCAGAACAAGUUGACCGUGACCCCGUGGAAAGAUCUCGAGCGGUGGGGUCGCAUUCGAGAAGAUCAGUGUCACUCCGUUAUCAUUUGAUGGUGGAUGGCAAAAGACAACAAGUGUGUAAAAACAUGUUCCUGUCCACUCUGGGGAUAGGAGAGUGGUCUGUGCUCAACUGGACGCAGAACGGAGCAACGAAAAAGAAUGGAGCAAAUGAAAACAAAUUAGAAAAGAGGCAGACUGUCCCUCAAUGUCCUCAACAAACCCCACAACUGAACCCUGCUCCUUGUGCAGCCAAUAGUACUGUGGAGGUCACACAGGAACAAGGGAAUGUUACUGACAACAACAGGCCAACAGAAUCAGAGGGGUCUGUCAGAAAGAAAUCCAGAGUCGCUAAGCCUCUAACAUGGAAGCAAAACCGACAAAAGCAACUCAGGAUGGAGGGCAAACCGUAUGUCAGCAAACGAAAGAAAGACGGCACAACCAUAACUAAAGGUCAGAGGACAAUGGGAUUGAGAUGCACGUCAAGUGCUUGCAAAAGGGCAUCCAACCGCUUCUGUGCUGACUUCAGUGAAGAAACAAGGAACGAGCUGUUUACUAGCUUCUGGCAGUGUAUGAACUGGUCUCAGAGGAAGAUCUAUGUGUCGGGAUUAGUCGACUGUGACCCAGUGGAAAGAACCCGAGCACCGUGGACUCAGUCAAGAAGGUCGGUCUCGAUGCGAUAUCAUUUGAUAGCCAACGGUGACAGAAAACAAGUUUGCAAAAAGAUGUUCCUCUCCACUUUGGGGAUUGGGGAGUGGUCAGUGCUUAACUGGGCGCAAAAUGCAUCCCAGCAGGACAAUUCAGAAAACACCAAAAAGCAAACACAGAGGAAGUCUCGUAAAGCUUCAGAGCAUGUAGUCCUGAAGGAGUUCCUCGAGAGUUUACCCAAAAUGCCCUCAUACUGUUGCGGGACGUCUGUCUCCAAGCUUUACCUGGAGCCGGUCUUCUCAAACAUGUCAGAGGUGUACAGGCACUACUACAACCACUGCAUAGAGAGGAAGACGCCGCCGCUUUCUCGGCAGGUUUUUUGUGCUGUAUUUAAAAAGAUGGAUUUGGGAUUGUGUGACCCCAAAAGGGAUCAAGGGUGUUCUUUUGGUGCGACUGGAAAUUUGUUUAAUGAGCUUUGGGAAGAAUAUUGCUUGGAAAGAGGAGCUCCAGGACCACAGCCAGAGAAAGGGUGUAACCAGUAGAAAGAGAUUAAGGACAAAAAGGUUAAAGGUUGGCGUUCACUGCUGUGUUACUCCAUUACUUACAACAUCAUCAUAUACACCUUGCGGAAACUUUAAUUCCAAGACUUUGCCAAAAUGACUCAGUGAUCUCACAUUUCAUUAAAUCCUUUUAAAGGGGACCUACCGUGCUCACUUUACUUGAAUUUAAAGUUCCUAUUAGAACAUGCUUAUAUGAUUUAACUGUCAAAAAACACUAUUUUCUUCACACCAUCUCUUUGAGCCCCCCUUCCAAAAAAAGCACUGACUGCUCUGACUGGUCAUCGUCUCCAGAUCUUUCACAUUCCUAGGUCUCCAUGGCGUGAUGAAGCAGGGGAAUCACUAUACACUGAAAAAUCACCAGUAAAAGCGAUUAAACACAACCAGACAUGUUCCAGCAGGAAUAUGAUCCAAAAUCGCUGAGAAAUUUACAACAUCAGCACCCAAGAUUACAUGUUUGCUGACCUUAGCAUGUUGCUACAUGUAGGUUAGCAGUGUACUUGCAGCCAGGGAAUGACUGUAAUGGAAAAUAGCAACAUUUUUUUUUGUUAAAUAUCCCCAAUAAAAGCUUUUAAACACAACCAGACAUGUUCCAGCAGGAAUAUUAUCGUAAUCUGAGAGAAAUUUACAAUGUCAGCAACUCAGAUUACAUGAUUCCCUGAUGUUAGCAUGUAGCUACAUGUAUGUUCGCAGUGUACUCACAGCCAGGGAAAAGCUGUAGCGAAGUAUAGCAGCACUUUUUACUGUGAAAAAUUACCAGUAAAAGCUUUUAAACACAACCAGAUGUGUUUCAGUAAGAAUAUGAUCUGAAAUCAGGGAGAAAUUUACAACAUUGGCACCCAAGAUAACAUGUUUACCUGAUGUUAGCAUGUAGAUACGUGUAUGGUAGCAGUGUACCUGCAGCCAAGGAAUAACUCUAACAGAGUAUAGCGACACUCUUUUGUUAAAAAUCCCCAAUAAAAGUUUCUAAACACAACCGGAAAUGUUCCAGCAGGAAGAUGAUCCGAAAUCUGGAAGAAAUUUACCCAAGAUUACAUUUUUCCUGAUGUUAGCAUGUAGCUUCAUCUGGCAGCAUAGGCUACGUAAUGUAUUUGCAGUAGCAUGCCCGGGACAGAUCACCAUAUAAAGAAAUCUGGCACAUUAUGAUGUCAUACUGCAGCCAGAGAAAAAAAAAAGUUAGAAACAGAGUGUUCAUAAAACCUGACACAGGGAUUACUUUUACAUACAUUUACCUACCUUUUUUAAAACUUUGGCCUUGCUUAAUAUGAACAUCCUUCAUUGUAACACUGCAUAUAAAACACUAAAUACAGAAAAGCUUGAUAGGUCCCCUUUAAUAUACACUAUGGUUGUCUUUGUGCAGCUGAAUGCUUGUUUCACUUAAGUGGAAUUAUUUAAGCACUACAUUUUGUUUUUGUAAUGGAGAAUGCUACACUGUUCCUUAAAAUGUAAUUUAUUUUGAUAUUCUUUGUCAAACAUCAUUAAUAGUUCAAGGCUAAAACAAAAUGUGUCACAAUAUGUGUGAAAAAAACACUAAAACAUAUUCAUCUGUUGAUCUACUGUUUGGACUUUCAGUAAGUGUCAUGUGAAAUGUCAAAGUCAAAUGCUUUCAGUGACUCGCAAUACUGCAAACUGCUUAAUUUUUUUGUUAUUUAUUUAACUUUGUGCUUGACAGAGCCGCUCUGGCCUGAGAUGUUCUGUUUUCUUUUGUGGAUUAAAUAAGAGAAAAUAA